GGCGGAGGAGGCGGAGGCUCAUCUUCUUUCCUCAUCCAGGACCCGGAGCGUCCGGGGCGCAGAGCCCGGAAUAGGGGGACGCGGCGACUGCCGGGAGCCCGGGCUAGAAUCUCACUGGAAACCGACAUGACUGUCUGCAAUGAUACAUCCUGACAAGACGUCGAUACCAAAGAAGGAAGAGAAAUUAAGAGCUAGUGAGCAGAAGUUUAAACGACCAGGAUUUUGUAUUUAUUACGUCCAACUACAGACUUCAAUUGCCUACUUUUAAAUUAGCAGGAUUCCCAGAACUUGGACAAAGACAUUUUCUUCUGUUAUUUUUUUUUUCCCCCUGAGCGUGAGAAAACUGCAAUGUCUAGGAAACAAAGCCAGAAGGAUUCAUCAGGAUUCAUUUUUGAUUUGCAGUCCAAUACUGUACUGGCCCAGGGAGGAACGUUUGAGAACAUGAAGGAGAAGAUAAACGCAGUGCGUGCAGUAGUUCCCAACAAGAGCAACAAUGAAAUCAUCCUGGUUUUGCAGCACUUUGAUAACUGUGUGGACAAAACAGUACAAGCAUUCAUGGAAGGGAGUGCCAGUGAAGUGCUCAAAGAAUGGGUAGUGACAGGCAAGAAAAAGAACAAAAAGAAGAAAAGCAAACCCAAACCUGCAUUAGAAGCAGGUACCAGUGCCCCAGACUUCAGGAAGUCGGUACCCACUCAGGAGGACCAGCCUGCAUCUUCAGAGAAAGGUGGCGUUAAUGGUUACCAUGUUAAUGGUGCCAUCAACGAUGCUGAGUCUGUGGACUCGCUCAGUGAAGGUUUGGAGACACUUUCAAUAGACGCCAGAGAACUGGAAGACCCUGAGUUUGCCACACCAGAUACACUGGAUAGAACUGGAACUGUGCUGGAGAAUGGCAUCUCUGACUUUGAGCCCAAAUCGCUGACUGCGCACUCUAUCCCGAAUGUCCAGCAGUCCCGGAGUGCUGCCAAAUCUCUCUCAAGAGCCACUGCAGGAAUGCACGUUUCAAAUCUGGGAAUGGAGAACGUUCCACUCUCUUCCACCAAUAAAAAGCUAGGCUCUAAUAUCGAGAAGUCUGUGAAGGACCUCCAGCGUUGCACUGUGUCUCUCGCACGAUACCGAGUUGUAGUUAAAGAAGAGAUGGACGCAUCCAUUAAGAAGAUGAAACAGGCUUUCGCCGAGUUGCAGAGCUGUUUAAUGGAUCGAGAAGUGGCAUUGCUUGCUGAGAUGGACAAAGUGAAGGCUGAAGCAAUGGAAAUCUUGCUCAGCCGUCAGAAGAAAGCAGAGCUUCUGAAGAGGAUGACGGAUGUGGCCGUACGGAUGUCCGAGGGGCAGCUGCUUGAACUCAGGGCUGACAUCAAGCACUUUGUUAGUGAGCGUAAAUACGAUGAAGAUCUUGGGAGAGUAGCGCGUUUCACCUGCGAUGUGGAGAUGCUGAAACAGAGUAUUGAUUCGUUUGGACAAGUGUCCCAUCCAAAGAACAGCUACUCCACCAGAUCUCGGUGCAGCUCAGUGGUGUCUGCGUCCUUGGGUGGCCCAAGUGACGGUCCUGCUGCUUCCUCGUCCCCCAGUGCCUCUGUUCCCAGCCUUACAGGUGCUAACAAGAGAAGCUGUGCCCCAGGAGAGGCUUCUGCAGCCAUGGCAAACUCCAGUGAGCCGCCCUGCCAGGCCCAUCGGGAGGUAUUUUCAGGCAACAGGAGAGGAGGACAAGGCUACAGGCCACAAAGCCGAAAGACCGCUGACCCCACUGACCCAGGGCAGCAUGACAGUGCGGGUCGCGACCCCACAGGCCAAGGGCGGCAGGACAAAAACAGCUCUCGGUAUUCAUCCAGGUCCAGGUAUCAGACCACUCCCCCUCAGGCCCCAGGGAACGCUAGCCAAUGGAGCCAGGCUUGCUCUGCAGGGACCAAUGGAACUGGAGCCAGUGUGGAGCCUAGCACCAAGCCUUCCUUCAGAAAGGCGCUCCCGCAGCGCAAACCACGGACCUCCCAGCCUGCAGCUGUAAACUCCUGA